AUGGCCCCAAUCCGGCAAGGCGCGUUCGAAAGGCAUUCGAGAAGAGACGCCCGAAGGACAGCCAAUCUGGACUUCGACGCCCGCGUCCCCAUCCCCUUCAGUGUCUUCCCGUCGUCGUACCGGAGUGACGCUGUUCCUGAAGCUACUCUCGCGGCGCCUGCCAGAGUAGAGGAAGAAGUCAAUCUCGAUCGCACUUCGCACGUCGAACGGGAAGAUACUCGAACCUCUGCUCCUCUCCCGGACCCCCGUGUCUACGGAAAGGAAGAAGUCGACCUUCACGCUUCUUCUGCUUCAGCUUUUGUCGAACAGGAUCGUUACCGUCCUAGACCCGGUGCUCCUUCUGCUUUCCGUGAGGAGGACGUGACUACUACUGUCAAUACUGUUCGAUUCGACGAGCGUGUUGAGACUAUCCCCCCCGUUGGUGCUGCUGCUUCCUCUGCUGCUCCUCGGUAUCCCCAAGUUGAUCUAGCGCGUGAACGUUAUCGUGAACCGUCGGUCCGUUUCCAAGACCGUCAACCCACCUACGAUCAGGCUCUCCAGAACCAGCUUGACAUCACUGAGCGCGAGUAUCGUCGUCGGGUUAAUAAUCCUACCUACGACGUUCCUGCCUCUUCGUACGACCGCCGCUCUCAAGCUUCGGUAGAUUCCUUCUCUGGUCCUCGCCAGCAGUCUAGGGACGUUUCGUACGACCGCCAGUUCAAGCAGUCCGAGUUUGACGUCUCGUACGACCGUGCUUACCAGUCUAAGCCUGUCGACUCCUACCCCCGCGACCCCUACAGCCGCCGUCAACAGAACGUUGAGCCGGUUCCCGAGUCUCCUAGCAGCUCGAACUCUGUGAAGGUUCUCAAGACCAAGACUGUCAUUGAUUCCCCUCCUUCUCGCAAGAUGGGUUACUACGACGACGACGGUAACUAUCACUCCUUCCGUCGUGGUGUGGAGCGCGCUGCCGACCGCAUCAUGCACCCUCACGGUCACCACGACCGCCAGGACGUAGUCGUCGCUGACGAAGGCGGUCCAGUUCGUUUCCGUGAAGGCGUCCGCGAGGAUGUCCGUAUCGUUGAGCCCCGUGCCGGUGGCAGCUCCUCGACCGCCGAGACCGUGCCGAUUCCCUGCCACUUCAUCCGCAUCGGCGACAUCCUGAUCCUUCAGGGCCGUCCCUGCCAGGUGAUCCGCAUCUCGGUCUCCCCCCAGACCGGCCAGCACCGCUACCUGGGUGUCGACCUGUUCACCCGUGAACUCCAGGAGGAGUCCAGCUUCGUCUCCAACCCCUCUCCUUCCGUCGUGGUCCAGACCAUGCUCGGCCCUGUCUACAAGACCUACCGCAUCCUGGACCUCCGUGAUGACGGCCGCCUGGUCGCCAUGACCGAGACCGGUGAUGUCAAGCAGGGUCUGCCCGUGGUGCCCCAGGGUCACCUGUUCCGCCGCAUCCGCGAGGCCUUCGAGGAUGGCCGUGGCAGCGUCCGCGCCCUGGUCAUCAACGAUGGUGGUCGCGAGCUGGUCGUCGACUACAAGGUGGUCCACGCUUCCCGCCUGUAA